AGGGAGGACGCGUCAGAUCAAAGAUCCGCAGCUACCCCGUGGCGAUCGGACACUGUCGCCUCCUUUCCCCUUCAACCCCCUCUUUCCCCUCGUUCUGGUUUUUAUCUUCGCUCGCCGCAGCCCAUUCUGGCUCUACGAUCCGAGGGGCCCCUACCUUCUCCAUAUCGACCGGACUCUACCUUUGCACACUCGGCCAUGUUUCUGUUGAUCCGGUCUCCUUCCACUCCCUUCUGACUCUGUACACAAGCGCGCCAGCGGCGAUGACGAUCGAGGCACGCUGGAGGCCCAUGCGCGCCGGCGCCCUGGGCCUCGUCGCCCUGGCGGCGGGCGCGCAGGCGGUGCUCCGCGGCGGGCGCACGGAGCGGGUGGAGGCUGGCGGCGCGCGGCAGGGCCUCAAGGCCGUCGCGGGCGACGGCCGUCUCGCCAGGUCACUGGAGGGUCGUGCGCAGGAAGGGCGUGCGCAGGAAGGGCGUUCGCAGGAAGGCCGUGCACAGGAAGGCCGGGCGCAGGCGUCGGUCGGGUGGAAGGCCGUCCGUGGUAAGAGGUGGUCCAACAGGUGGUCGCACGCUCUCGACGAGAUCUACUCCGAUGGCCAGGGGCAGCGGCAGACGAUGAAGAACGUCAUGGACACGAAGUACCUCAGCAGCUUCAGGCUGGGUGGCCAGAAUAUGACCUGCAUCCUGGACACUGGCUCUUCCGACUUCAGUGUCUUCUCAAGCACCUGCACCACGUGCGGCCAGGGGGCGCUCUACGACAGCACCAAGAGCCCGUGGUACCAGCAGGGGCAGGCUUCUUCCAUCGAGAGGUUCGGAAGCGGCGUGCUGGAAACUACCGCCGCCAUAGACCAGCUGGAGAUCGGGCCGUAUAGGCUGAACCAGAGCUUCUGGCAUGUGCACCGGGCGUCGAUGCCGGUGCUCAGGGCCUCCGACUUCCAGGCCAUCAUGGGCGUGGGGCCCCCGGAGGUGCCGAGGUUGCUCGCCUGGCGGGACGCGAACAGGAGCGCGCAGCUUUUCGCCACGAGCCUGGGGGCGGAGGGCGAGGUCAACCAGACGCUGAGGGAUAGGGCGUGGUCGUUGGCCGAGAAGGCGCAGUGGUUGAGCGACCACCCGGCCGUGCUGGAGGGCACUCGGGAGAGGAUGUUCUCGAUUUGCCUGCAGAAGGAGCCCCUGUCCCCGGGGUACGUCGUCUGGAACGACACCAGCGUCGCCCAGCACCCCGAGCUCUUCCACCGGGUGCCCGUGGGCCGCCCGCACGAGUGGUCCGUGGACCUGCGCAACGUGCGCUUCGGCUUCCUGGAGGCCCCGGCCAGGGACGAGGACGCCGCGGCGCCCGCCGACGCCGGCAUGUUCCAGGCCGUGGAGCAGCAGGAGGACGAAGAACACGAGGCCUUCAACGCCUCGGCAUUCGACAACGUGGGGUGCCGUGACGGCUGCCGGGCGCUUCUGGACAGCGGCGCCACCCACCUCUCGAUGCCGGCGGGGGUCGUCGACAAGCUGACGGAGGAGGUCUUCCACAAGGGCCGGAACUGCAGUGCCAGGGCUUGGCGCUGCUGCGCGCCGGGGCGUGCCGUCGGGCGUGGGCUGCCCUCCCGCAGGAUCAGGGUCAGCGCUAUGUAGGGGGUCUCGCUGACGUCGUCGUCGACGUCCUCGUCGGCAGGACAGGAGGCCAGAAGAUCAUCAUGAGGACCCACACCCCGAGGAAGCUUCGGUUCUUGGAGCUUCUCCUCGCCUCGCGG